AUUUCAAUAUUUGCAGUUGAAAGAGUGCAAUAAUGUCAGGAUUAUUGGAUAUCAACUUUGGUGUGGAUCUUCUUGAGGCAGCAAAAGCUGAAUAUGACUUCCUGAUCGAAAUCCAACGUUUGGAAUACCUUAGAAACGAUGCAGUGCUGCAAUAUUCCAUUUACAGAUACGAAAAUUUUUGGCUUCCACUUGUUGCUUCCCAAAAUGAAAGCACCUUACAGCCUGAGUAUUUACAUCCACCAAUUGACAUAGAAUGGGUUUGGCACUGUCAUAUGUUAGCACCACACAAGUAUGCAGAGGAUUGCAAGUCACUGUUUGGAAGAGUGCUCGAUCAUUCUGUAAUAAAGUCACCAGCUGGAAAACAGCUGACAGAGACCAUUUGGUCCCGGGCUUAUCCUGGUGAAAAAUUUGAGCUUAGCUCAGAGAUAACAAAUGAAAAGGUAUUUCAUACAAUAAAAGAAUAUAAAUCGCAUUUUACUUUUGAUCUGUUGGCAGCUGUCCAUCGACAGCAGGAUUUCUAUUAUAACAUCCAUCUGCCACAUUACAAAGACGACAAAUUUCUUAGGGAAGCCUAUGUAAGAUAUAAAUUUUUCUUAAAUCUUAAGAAGAUACAUCCAAAAGAAUUUUUGGUGCCAUGUUAUGAUAUUGAUUUGCUUUGGCACACACAUCAACUUCAUCCGAUUGAUUAUGCAAAAGUAACGGAAUCCCUGCUUGGGCGUAUCCUCGUUCAUGACGACACAGUGGCAGACAGAAGUCCAGGAUCCAAACUAUCUGUGUCGGAUGAAAAUACAAGAAGGCUCUGGUUAGAAACGUACCAUGUACAUUUUUCUAAAUUUGGUGCUAUGUACCGAGGCGAUUCUCCAAGGGGUAAACUUUAUCACGUUACACAGCAAGACAUUGAAAAAAUGUGUGGAAGAAGAGCUGUAGUCACUAUACAGGAAAUACAAAUCACGUCAUCAAACACAAAUAAUGAUAAAAAGAUUAAGCUGAAAGUAUCCAAGACAGAUUCCGCAUCAAAGAAAUCUACUCUGAUUAAAAAAUUGACAGGAAAAGUAGGAAACAUGACAUGGGGUCAGCAGGAUAUUAUGUUUUCAUUUGGCCCCUAUGAUUCAACACUUGUUUUUGGGCUCGAAACAAGAAACAGCAUAUUUGGCGGAAGAUCUAAAUCCAUAGGGGGGUUUCAAGAAAGAUUUGGUCUUUACCUUAUCCGACCCGAGUUACAGGAAGGUGGUGAAUUUCAGUUUGAAAGGGACAUGCAGGUAGUGAGCACAUUGCCAUCAGCAAAAUGUUUGGUAAGGGGGUCUUUCUUACGACCUAUUCUAGAUGACAUUGUACUUUCUUUGGAGCCUGGAAUCUACGAAGAGGCAAACAUGCCAACGAAUGUAGAACAACUUUGGGGCCCUGUUCCUUUGCCAAAGUCUGACAAAGAAAACAUAUGUCAGGUGGCUUCUCACAGGCUGAGAGACCAGAAUGGAAACAUUAUGUUUACUUGUCGUUUAAUACACAGUGUAAGUGUUAUGACGUCAGUUGUUCAUGUGUUCUAUCAUGAUAAGAUGGCUGCAGUUGCGCAUGUUAUCGGUUCUGAUCAACUACCAUUGGGAACACAGGUAGGUCCGGAUAAUAUUUGGUUGGACCCAGGUUCUGGUGAAAGGGCGAUUGUAAUAAAAACUGAAGAGGGAGAUUCUCUGAUUCUUGUGGGGAAGUGGGACGGAUUUAUCAGAGGGAUCCCUGGAAGACGAGGCAGAAGAGGGGUUCUGGGAAAUCCAGGCCAUUUGCAAGUAAAAGUUUACAGAGUGGAUCAUAAAGGUCCUCUCCAAAAGCAAUUAAUAAAUCUUUCACAAUACCAACCGGUAGAGUUUGAGGGACUUAAGUUAGAUUUCAAGAAAGGUUUAAUCACUUGCAGCAGAAUUGCUGCUGGACAAGUUCUGAACUAUGUAGCCCUGUCAUUUUCCAUUGCUCUUCUCCACGUUCUCUGUGUGCCACGUCCUUCAAACUGGCAACCUGGAAUGUCUCUAAAACCGAAAAUAACAUCCAGAGGAAGACGAAAAAUUGAAAGAUUUCCCGACGAAGAUAUGUCAUUUAUGCUGGCAGCCGGUCUCUUAUAUCUAACACCCUCAAACCAUUACAUGUAUCAUACAUAUGGUGCUAACGUUUGUGCUGGCUGUGGUUCUGGGGGCAUUGUAUGUGAAAAUGCUGGUGUUGGAUUUGAGCAAGGGAAUUGUGUAAUUGAUUCAGAUGGAGGUGAUUUUGGUGGUGGAGGUGAUUUUGGUGGUGGAGGUGAUGGUGGUAGUGCAGGUAAUGGCGGUGCUGGCUGCGGAGGAUGUGGUGGUUGCGGAGGAUGUGGUGGAGGAGGUGGAUGUGGUGGUGGUGGAGCAGGUGGAUGCGGUGGUGGUGGUGGAUGCGGCGGUGGAGGUGGAUGCGGAGGUGGCGGAGGAGGUGGAUGCGGUGGAGGAGGUGGAUGCGGUGGUGGAGGUGGAUGUGGUGGAGGAUGUGGUGGCGGUGGAUGUGGUGGAGGCUAA